AUGUUUUCCGCGUUUCAGCGUUCCAGACCACACUCGUCCAGUGCUCGAUUUGGGUCCGGAACCAAAUCAAAUUUGCCCAAUGCUCCGAAAGGCGACAACCCGAAUAAAACACGCCGCUACAGUUCUGCUUGCUCCCUCAGCAAAGAAAGUGAAUAUUGGCUUCGGCGACAAGCACAAGAUUCGGCUCGCAACGAGGAAAUCGAUCGUUUGAAGCAAUCGUUGGAGGAGAAAGAUAAGAAGACCGAACAGAAUCGAGAAGAAAAGCUCAGAGAACGUCAACGUCAAUUGAUUAGUGCACAGUAUACCCUGCAAAAGGCUCGUGAACGUGCGCUGACUCGUCAAAGUGUGGAAAAGCAACGUCUGAUGGAAGAACACCGUCAGCUACAACAAAAGGAAGAGGAAUGGCGAAAAUCAGCCGAGGCAAUUCAAAGACAGAAACAAGAAAGCAUACAGCGUUUUCUGGACGAUCGUGAAGCUCGAAUUCAAGAGGUGAGACAAAAACCACCGGAACAAUUCACGUCAGGCACUUGUUUCACUCACUCACUCACAUAUAUGUAA